AUGGACGACUGGUCUUCGCAAUUCCAACAGCUGCACUUGCAGUCUGUUGAGAUGCUGCAGAAACCUUCCACCCUCUCAUUCUUGAGCCGUCAUACAAUGUUGCCUCGGCCUCUGUCUGAAGCCACUGAAAUCUUCGACACAGACAACGAGGACGAUUCCGAUACAGCUCUGUCUCCUUGGUUCAGCCGCGAUGAUGAUAGUCAGUCGACACUGUCAAGCCCCGAGGAGCUCCCUACGCCUCCCAGCUCCGGCGGACUGGGCGGCUUCGAAUUUCACUUCGAUGGCAAGGCUGCCGUCUUGGGCCAUCAGGAUCCUCACCUGGUUCGACAUACACCGGAGAUCCUCAGCAAUCCGGAGGACGAUGUCUUCCACAGCAUGACAACACCGGCCGGGCAAUUCAACAAGACCGACAGGAAGCCCAUCGGUGCUUUGACCAAUGCUGUUGCCGAGCUUGACGAGUCCCAGGUUCGUGACUGGACGCCUCGUCAAGUGGCCGAGUGGAUGGCCGAGGCUGGCUUUGAGCCCGCCGUGGUCGAGAAAUUUCUGAUCCACGAUAUUUCCGGGAGCGUCUUGAUCGACUUGCAGUUCGAAGACCUAAAAGAACUGGACAUCAGUUCCUUUGGCAAGCGCCAUAGGGUCAUGAGCUCCAUCCACCAGCUCCGCAACAGCAGCAUGAUUUCCUUGGAUUCUCCUCUAUCCAGAACACCUUCCAGGAGCACCAGAAGUCCGGUGACUCUGCAACGGCCUCCCCGUUCAGAUGAGUGUCACGUGUUCAUUGAGGAUCGGUCUCAAUCUCGUCAUCGACGAGCUCGGCACGCUCAAGCUGACACAGUCACCCCUGCCGAGUCGGUCUCCAUCGUGGGCAUUGAGCAGGUCCUUCCCAAAGAGCACAAGUGCGAUAGAGGGGAAGACUGUCCCAAAUGGCAAAGGCAACAACGGAGGAUCAACCGAGUGCAGAGAACCUUUGAAGAAGAAGCCAGGCGACCCAUUUCCGAGGUCCCGUCCGAAGCACUUCCCUCCAUCGUCGGGUCGUCAGAUGUCCUUGGCCCUUCAGCACUCAAGAUCACUGCUGAAACCCUCAGCGAGAUCCACCCACGUGACCCCCAGGAUGGUGUCAGGCAGUUUCUCAGCUUCCAGCAUAUCCAAAGUCCCUCUCAGUCAUCCAACCCAUCACCUCCACCGGCGCCAUCUGGCUCCUUUGUCGCAAAGUCGGCGCACCUUGACGAGCAUCUUCGCGAACUACCCAAACUCACCAUUCCCGCGGGCGAAAGGGACGACGACAGCCCAAUGCGCACACCCAUAUUUUCUCUUCAUCGCCCCACGCACAUCCAGGCUCAGCUCAAAGCCCAAUUGCAGCGAGACCCGUAUCACUAUGGCGGAGUUGCUUCCCCUGCGGAUAUCUACCGCACCGAGACCCCAAUGUCGGCGACAGACAUGCCCGUCACGGCAAUGGCAAUAGACCCUUGUCAACGAGAUGUCUCGCAGUCGGUCCCCCCAGAAAUGCGCUAUGGUAGCGCUCCUGAGACCUCCAACUCUGAGCCGAUUCAACGAUGUGUAUCCGCUCAACAGUCACCUCAACCGCCACCGGCCCAUCCUUCACGGCACCUUCGCCAAGGGUCCUUUACCCCAUCUGUGGCUCCCGUCAAGGAGAACGACCCUCUGGUCACAAGGCGCCAGGCAGCUGGGAUUGCAGAGUUCGACAUCGCGCAUCACCAGGGAUGGAUGCGUAAGCGCCGGACAACGCGCAUGUUGCGCCACGAGUGGCAGGACAAUUACUGCACCUUGGUCGGCUCCAAACUUACCAUGCACGAGACCCACUACGCCAAUGCCACUCCCCUCGAGGCCAUUGACGUUGAUGCCUUCACCCUCCAUGCUUAUUGUCAGGCAUCAGGUUCCAAGCUGAGCGCUGCGUUCAAGAAAAGCCUCCUCGGCCAGGGGAAGACGCCAUCUGGCGAUCAGACAUUUGCCUUCUCCUUGAUCCCCGAGGACAAGACCGUGUCGAGUCGAAAGCUCUUUGACAAGAGCAAGUCUCAUCACUUCGCCGUCGACAGUUCAAAGGAGCGUGUCGAGUGGAUGAGGAAGCUGAUGCUGGCAAAGGCCAUGAAGAAGAACGAUGCCAGUGGUAAAAUCUGA